AUGGACACAAGCUGGUACUGGCGCAAACUAUGUAGAUUGAGACAAAAAAUUUCUCAUUCUAAGAUCUCGAAGGCAGGAAGCUCGGGUAAGUUCUGUACUGCUGCUUUAUAUAACAGUACUCUUCCUCCUACUCAAGUCAACUAUCACAGGGCCAUUUGGAGUAGUCUCAACUUGCCUAAGCAUCGUUUUGUGCUAUGGCAAGUGGUGAACUCUCAGCUGUUAAUGAAAGACAAUAUGAGUAAAUUUCACAUUGUCUUAGACUCUAUGCUUUGUCCUGUUUGUGGAGACCAACCUGAAACUCAUCACCACAUAUUUUUUAACUGCUGCCUCUCUCGAAGGGUUGUGGAGCUAGUGUUUAAGUGGCUGGGAUUCAGAGGUUGGCCUAUGGACUUCGAUGGUUGGUUGAGUUGGAUUUCCCUGAAAGCUACGGGUAUCGUGAGACUAAUUAGCAUAGCAACUAUUGCAGCAACUUGUUAUUGUUUGUGGCUGAACAGGAAUAGGUGUGUUUUUGAAGACUAUUCCAAAACUGAUUCUUUGAUUGCUAUUGAUGUACAGAGUAUAGUGACUCACAGUUUUGGUGAGUUGAGGGUGUAUUUUGCUGGUUGA